AUGGCUCAUAACUUGGCAAAAAAUAUUUUGAGGCAAAAUCAUUUCUCAAUUCUGUGGUGUCCUAGCGUGAAGAACUUUACAACUUUCAAACACAUAAUUCAGGGUGCAAUAUCGUGUGACCAUGCUGUUUCAAAAUUGACCUCAAAUCAAAAUCGAAUCUACAUAAAGAAUAGAUUUUAUGCAACUAACACAGCACAGAAAACAGAUGAAGAGUACAUAACUGAUAAUAAGAUAACAAUUCUUGGUGAAGAUAUACCCAGUCCUUUUCGAGAUAUAGAUAGCUGUGGAUUUCCAGAAUACAUAAAAACAGUAUUGAAAGAGCAAGGUAUUACAACUCCAACUGUAAUACAGUCUCAAGGUUGGCCAAUUGCAUUGGCAGGUAAGAAUUUUGUAGGCAUUGCACAAACCGGAACUGGUAAAACAUUAGCCUAUCUCUUACCAGCAGUUGUUCAUAUAAAAGAAACUGAAGGUAGACGGGGUAGGGGUCCAAGAGUUUUAAUUGUAGCCCCAACAAGGGAGCUAGCCCGUCAGAUUGAAGAAGUUGCAAAAGAAUUUCAAAAGUCUUUAGGAAUUCGCUCUUUGUGUAUUUAUGGUGGUGUUAGCCGAAGUAGACAGGCAGAGGAGUUAAAGUAUGGAGUUGAUAUAUUAAUAGCAACACCAGGACGACUUAAUGAUUUCAUUGAUAGUAAAGUUACCAAUCUGUCAAGAUGUAACUAUGUUGUAUUGGAUGAAGCUGAUAGAAUGUUGGAUAUGGGUUUUGAGCCACAAAUAAGAAAAGCACUUGAGGGGGUACCCUAUGAAAGACAAAUACUUAUGUUCUCGGCUACAUGGCCUAAAGAAGUCCAAUAUCUUGCAAAAGAUUAUUUAGGAAAAUUUGUUCAAGUUAAUGUGGGAUCAACUGACUUAACAGCAAACCAUAAUAUUAAGCAGAAUUUCUAUGUUCUUGAACAAGGACAAAAAAUGGAUAAGCUGAAACAAAUAAUGCAUGACAUAGCUGGUCAUGGUUUUGGUAAAAUUCUUGUAUUUACAAACACUAAGAGAUUUGUGGAUAAUUUGACACUCUCAUUGAGAAGAAAUAAAUGGCCUGCUGUAGGUAUUCACGGUGAUAAGUCACAGGCACAGAGGGAUGUAAUAAUCAAUAAAUUCAGAAGUGGUACAACCAAUAUUCUGGUUGCUACAGAUGUGGCUGCGAGAGGAUUAGAUGUUGAUGGAAUUACACAUGUGAUCAACUAUGAUUUCCCAAAUACUACAGAAGAUUAUAUUCACCGAAUAGGACGGACUGGCCGUUCACAAAAUAAAGGUGUUUCUUACACAUUCCUUACAACUGAAGAAGGUCGUCAUGCCCACAGCAUUAUAGCUGUUUUAAAAGAAGCCAAGCAGGAAGUUCCAGAGGAGUUAGAGUUUUUAGCAAGAGAUUUCAGCAACAUGAAAAAUGUCAAUACUCAUAUGAAGCAAAGACCAAAACCGAGGAAUUAUAAUUUUAGAAAUAAUAGAAAUAAUCGAUGGAAUAAUUAUGAUAGAAAUAAUUACUAUUAA